AUGGACGAGAGUGUCCUGGAUGAAAAGACACGAGUUGAGCGAUAUGAGUCCCAAUCGUGGGAAUCGCUCAAGACGAAUCCUCUCUACAAAGAUUUGGUUGAAUUGAAGGAUGUAUUCCCUGAAACUGUUCCGUGCGAGUUAUCGAGGGAUAAAGGUAUUCGACACGAGGUCGAGCUUAAACCAGGCUUGAAGUACUGUGUCAUGAAGCAGUGGCCACUGCCUCGUGAACAAGUACUUGCGAUCGACAAGUUCUUUGCUGAUCGUUUAGCUGCGGGCCAUGUGAGGGAAUCGACUUCCCCACACAGCUCUCCGACCUUCUGUGUGCGAAAAGCAACAGGAGGGUGGCGGAUAGUGCAUGCAUUCAACAAGUUGAACUCUGCAAAGGUACCGGCUCAGACGCCGAUACCGAGGAAGGACGUCAUCAUUGAUGGUGUGUCAAAGAGUACCAUCUUUUCGUCCAUGGAUUUGAUGGAUGGCUUCUAUCAAAUCCUUGUGCGGGAACGGGAUAUACCCUAUACCGCAGUUAGCACGCCUAGCGACAUGCUCUCGUAA